AUGACCACCAGUCAGCUGCUGCAACCUGACAACACUUUCCAGCACCACCGUAGAGCGGCCUCGGAGCCGCUGCUUUCUCUCCCUGCCUCUUGCUGUAUUAUCAUUCUAAACCAGAGGCGGAGCGCUCACAGGGAUACGCUGCUCCUUCAGCCAGUAGAGCAGCCCAGCUGGGCCGCCUCUGGGUGCCCCUCGGUGGCCAGCCAGGCUGCUCCUUCGGCCGACGGAGGCUCCACCAGCGAAAGGAGCAGCCGGGUGGGGCAGGAUCAAGGGACACCCCGUGGAGGUCUAGACAGGGACCCUUUGCCAGGUGGGGCGGAGGGAGUUCGGACUGCCCCCAGGCCGCCCCCGCCCCGCAGCGCGCUGCACGUGGAGCGAGGCGGGAAACACACUCUCCAGCCCACCCCUCUUCCCCGAGGCGCUCCGCGGCGCUGGACCCAGGGGUCCGGCCUCCUCCUCCCCCCCGCCCCCGCGCCCUGGGGUGCCCUCGCUCUGCACGGAGAGCCCGGCAGCGGCGCAGGGCAGGCGGGGAGCCCCUCGGGGGCAGGAAGCCCUCCUCCUCCUCCUCCUCUGGCGCGGGGCAGCCGGGCAGCCAGCAGGCCGAACUUGGCACUCCCGCUCGGCGGCGGGCGGCAGACGAGCCUGGGCCAGGCUAGCACGCGCGCGGGGGGAGCUCGUCGUGACCCCUCAGGGCGGCCACCUGCGCUGGUAGCCCGGCCAGGCCCGAGACGGCGCCCCCCCGGCCCCUAUCCUGUUGUGGGGGCACGAGCCUCCAGCCUCUUCGCCGGAACGCCCUUGGCGGGCCGGGGGCCUCCCUCCGGCAGAAAAGCCCCCGGGGCCCCUCAGCCCCAGCCUCCCCCGGAGAAGGCAGCUGCCUGCUCGCCCAGCCUGGCCCCCCCGCCUGGGGCUGCUCACCCCCCCGGCCGCCCCCGGCCGCGCUCCGCUUGGAGGGCUCCGCUUGGACGGGGGCGCCGGCUGUGGACCCCCCCCCCCGCCGCCUCCUCCUCCCCGCCCGGCGGCAGCGCGGUGGGCGGGGAUUGGCGAGACCGUCCCCUCCGCCGCGCUCCCCUCCCUCCCUCCCCGCUCGCUCGCUCGCUCGCCCGCUCGCCUGUGCGGUUGGCGCGGGCAGCAGCGGGCGCUCGGAGCGGCUGGCAGUAG